GAAGGGCAGAAAAAAAAAAAAAAAGAAAAGAAAUUGAUAAAAGAAGUAUAGAGAUAAAGAAGGCUUUUACUGUAUCUCUCGAACAAAGAGGAGCGAUCUUUGGAUAGUAGAGAGAGCGAGGGAGGGAGAGGGGAUUGAGAAAGCGGGGGCGAUCUGAAGGGAAAUGGGAACACUUCAGACAUGGAGGAAAGCCUACGGUGCUCUCAAAGACCAAACAAAAGUUGGCCUUGCUCAUGUUAAUUCCGAUUUCAAGGAUUUGGAUGUGGCGAUCGUUAAGGCUACAAAUCAUGUCGAGUAUCCACCAAAAGAGAGGCACCUUAAGAAAAUUAUGGUUGCAACAUCAGCAAUGCGACCUCGGGCCGAUGUUGCAUACUGCAUACAUGCACUUGCUCGACGGUUGGCAAAGACACAUAACUGGACGGUGGCGUUAAAAACACUAAUAGUUAUCCACCGAGCUUUGAGAGAGGGUGAUCCCACAUUUAGGGAGGAACUCUUGAAUUUUCAGCAAAGAGGCCGAAUCCUCCAAAUGUCCAAUUUCAAGGAUGAAUCUAGUCCUAUUGCCUGGGAUUGCUCUGCUUGGGUACGAACCUAUGCACUCUUCCUGGAAGAACGGCUGGAGUGUUUUCGGAUUCUUAAGUAUGACAUUGAAUCAGAGCGCCUUCCUAGACCUGCACAGGGCCAAGAUAAGGGUUACAGUAGAACUAGAGACUUGGAAAGUGAAGAACUUUUGGAGCAAUUGCCUGCUCUGCAGCAAUUGUUAUAUCGUCUUAUUGGGUGUCGGCCUGAAGGAGCAGCUGUAAACAAUUAUGUAAUCCAAUAUGCCCUUGCAUUGGUGCUCAAGGAGAGCUUUAAGAUUUAUUGCGCCAUAAAUGAUGGCAUAAUCAAUCUCGUUGACAAGUUCUUUGAGAUGCCAAGACACGAAGCUAUUAAAGCCCUCGACAUCUAUAAGAGAGCCGGUCAGCAGGCCAAUAGUCUUUCUGAUUUCUACGACAUUUGCAAAGAGCUUCAACUUGCUAGAAAUUUUCAGUUCCCUGUGCUGAGAGAGCCGCCACAAUCUUUUCUUGUGACCAUGGAGGAUUAUAUAAGGGAAGCACCGAGAAUGGUUUCUGUUCCAGCCAUGAAUUUGGAGUAUCCGGAGAGGCUGAUGCUUACAUACAAGGAAGAAGACGGCCCUUCAGAGCCGGAGGAGACAACAGAGUUGUCUGAAGAGCCUCAACCCCCACCUUCUGCUGAAGUCGAGCAAGUUGCUGUCUCGACUGUUGAGGCAGCUCCUCCCGUGCCUCCUCCUAUCAACUUAGACACGGAUGAUCUCCUCGGUUUGAACACAAUUACGCCUGAUGCGGCUGCAAUAGAGGAAAACAAUGCAUUGGCCUUAGCUAUAGUUCCAACAGGUUCGACCCCAGCAAACUCCGAUGCUUCCCAUAUGAAAGACUUUGACCCGACAGGAUGGGAACUCGCCCUCGUCACUACCCCGAGCACCAACUUGUCGGCUGCUCAGGAGAGGCAAUUGGCUGGCGGACUCGAUUCUCUCACCCUCAACAGCUUAUACGAUGAAGGCGCAUACAGAGCUUCCCAGCAACCUGUGUACGGAGCCCCUGCGCCGGUUCCCAAUCCAUUUGAAGUUAACGAUCCGUUUGCAGUUUCCAAUCCUCCAACAUUCCAAGUGGCAGCUCCGGCACAUCAGAACAACCCGUUUGCCGCAUUCCAACCUGCUUAUCCUACACAGCAUCCGGUGAUAACCCCACAGAACCCUUUUGGGGACUCGGGACUGGGAGCAUUUCAAGCUCAUCAUGUGAAUGACACCGGACUUGGAGUAUUCCCAGCUACUUCUCAUCCCCAGGCUUCCAAUCCAUUUGGAAGCGCCGGGUUGAUUUAAAGGCGGCGAACGAGGAUGAUGAUGCACAUAAUACAGACUGUAAGUUACGUUACUACUCGGAUUUGAUUGAUUUGGAAUAUGUUUGCAAUGGCGGCAUUGGGCAGUGUUGGUUUUUGGGGCUUCUUGAGCAUGUAAACUUUGUCUUGAGCUUGAGCUUAGCUGAGCUGCUUGUAAGAAAGAGACACACUGCUGGAAAAACCUAUUUUUGUAAUAAAUACUUGUUGAUAUCA